AUGAACAAAAUCAGACGUAAAAGGGAGCCUGACUUUACAUUAUAUCUUUACAAUACAGAGAAGAAACUUAAUUGGUUUUCACCGAAACGGGACACACGGCACCAGUUUGCUGACGUUCUAGUGAUACAGGAAUCUUAUAAUACCACAACAACUUCUCCGGAUGAACAGACAGACACCCCUACAGAUACCAUAAACACAACUUCUCCGGAUGAACAUACAGACACCCCUGCAGAUACCACAACAACUUCUCCGGAUGAACAGACAGACACCCCUGCAGAAACCACAACAACAACUUCUCCGGAUGUACAAACAGACACCUCUGCAGGUGCCACGGCCACAACAACUUCUCCGGAUGAACAUACAGACAACUCUGCAUGCGCCACAGCCACAACAACUUCUCCGGAUGUACAGACAGACACCUCUGCAGGUGCCACAGCCACAACAACUUCUCCGGAUGAACAUACAGACAACUCUGCAGGCAUCGCAACUUCCCCGGAUGUGAGCACAGAUACCUCAACAGGUACCACGAGCCAUACAUCCUCCCCAGAUUUGAGUACGGUCUAUACUUCCGACGUAGCCACUACUCACAAUGCCAGCUGCUGUAACUGCUCAAGCAUUAUUUGGGGAAACACCACCAUACAAGACAUACUGGAGUCUGAAAAUAGCUCUGCAAUCGAAGAGCUCAGGAAAAUUUUGAAUAAGUUGAAGGCCCAACUGGUCGUUAAGAAGACAGAUUUGACGUCAUACCGGCUGAAGAAGGUGAGCGCCGCGGACACGAGAACGUCUGCUGCUGGUAUCGGAUGGCUCGGAGUCGUCAUCAUUGUUGGCAUCGUUUUGGUCAUCGUCUUCCUGGAUAUAACGACCUUGUUCAUUCAGAAAAAAAAACCAAAUAUGGUCUCGGACAUUUCCUGUUAA